AUGGAGUCACCAGGCAGCGGGUUGCUGCUUCGUGAAUUCGACCUCGUCACUGCUUCACCACUCCUACCUUUCCUCCAAGAUCCUAAGCACCCUCCCAAUAGCACCCAGGAGCAGUACCAAAAGAGCACCUCAACACCCCCAUCUGCACCUAACACUCAGUAUCCCGACGCUGAAUCCCCAAACCGAGGUGCAAGAAGCACCAAAAUCACGAGCAACCCGGAAGAUUCGAUCGGCCCUAUCACAUAA